AUGGAGGGCACGCUGAUGAUCUCAGAAAAGAAUGGCAAGGAGAAGGAGGUGUACUGCUUCAUGUGGGACGGGGAAAUCAUCCUGACCAAGCGUGAAAAAAUUGCAGAUAUUGUGUCUCAGCCGCCAGUCGACUCACCCAAGACGAGACGCCGAACAAUGCGCCAAUCGUUUAAGGUUGGUGGGGCGAAUCGCUCGGACCUCGUGAAGGCCACCACCGCCGCGCGAACGGCUUCUUCGCCGGAGCACUACUACCGAUUGGCUUCUUCAAAGAUCGAUUUGCGCAUCGACGCCUCCAAAGUAUAUACCGAGCAGGGUAUCAUUUUCGACUUCGGCAAGGGCUCCAGGUGUAUACGGGUGCUGAUACCGUUUCCCGGCUCAGAUCAUAUCCACAUGAACGCUAAGUGGUGCACUUACUUUGAAUCAGCCGUCAAACGCUCCAAGUGGCGCCAGACACAGGACGCCUCUACUAUCGACGUGCAUGCUCCUUCCUUACCCCAGGCGAGCUACGGUAUCUAGAGCGCUACCGAUAAAUCCCACAUUAUGCAUACAUCACACUUAGUUAUAGGCAUGUGCAUGAUCAAAUAAAG